UGCCAUGAUCCACGGAGCACGCCGACCUAGGCUCCAGAGGUGCGAGUGUUGCAGCCGAAGACCACCUUCACUCCGCGGCUCCUGACAGCGUGUUGUGUGGGCAACUCAAUGGGAUUUUGGUUUCGAAAAGCUACAAAAGCACCGGAGUUUUAAAAAAAACAACCUCCACACCUGUGUAAAGUGCUCCACCACAACCAGCAGCAGCGGCAGUUCUCCUCUGGCUCGUAACUGACCGCACGGAAAUUGUCGCACUUUGGCCCCGAAGCCUGCGACUCUUCCGCGGGGAGGCGAAGAGGCUCCAGGCUUCUGGUGCGGUGGUCUCCGUGUCGCCUUCGUGGAAUGGAGGGCCCCGCUCGGAUUUUUCACCGGGAGAAUGCGUUUGGCUGCUGACUCAGUCCCCUGCAACCAGCUCUCCUGGAACAGAGGUUGGCCAAUCAGAGGAGAGCGUGCACGGCGGGCAACACGGCUGCUGGCAGGGGUCAAAGGGCACCAUGGACAGUGGCCUCAGGGUCCUCCUGUCCACUGUGCUGUGUCUCAGCCAGUCCCUGCUCGUCAGCAGCACACUUCAAUACCCGUCCUUCCGCUCUGAGCCCGCCUCCUUGCUUCAGAGCCAAGGCUCCGUGGCUCGCCUGCGCUGCUCCGUCAACCCUCCAUCGGCGGCCGUUUCCUGGCGCUUCGGAGACACCCCCCUGCGAGCCGACACCCUGCCCGGUGUGGAGCUGAACGGCGGGUCCCUCACCAUCUCCUCCCUGCAGGCCGCCCACACCGGCGUCUAUCAGUGUGUGGCGCGCUUGGAGGAUGGGCCGGCCGUAGCCAGCCGACAUGCACGUGUGGCAUUAGCAGAGAUUUCAGAAUACGAAGACAGUCGGCGGCGGACGUUAUCCGUGCAGGAAGGCAGCAGCGCAGUCAUCGAGUGUCCUCUGCCCCACAGCGUUCCCCCGGCUUUGCCCAGGCUACGAGUGCGAGGGGAGCGUGUGGAGAUGUCCACAGAUGACUACUUAGUUCUUCCGUCCGGGAACCUCCAGAUUGUGUCUGUGUCAGCUCGCCACCAGGGCGUCUACAAGUGUGGCUCGUACAAUCCCGUCACAGGCCAAACCGUCACGCAGACUCAUGGUACCAAACUCACUGUCAGACACGCCGCCUCAUCCCCGGUGCGGAUAGUCUACCCCGCCUCCCCCGUGGUUGUGGUGCUGCAGCAGUGGCAGCCUUACACGCUGGAGUGCGUCGUGUCCGGUAGUCCUGCGCCAAAGUCCACGUGGUUGAAGGACGGUAAGGAGGUCCAGCCGGUGUCGUCGGUGCGACGACUGCGCGGCAAUUUGGACUUUGGCGCCGUGACGAGGGCUGAUGAAGGUGUGUACGCCUGCGUCGCUGAGAGCGAGCGAGGGCUCGUGGUCGGCGCCAACUACACCGUCAAAGUUCUCGAACCUGCGUCCAUCCUGGGGGGCCUCAUCGACCAGCGCGCCUCUCCGGGCUCCACCGCCCGUUUUUCCUGCGUAGUGGCGGGAAACCCCGCCCCCAACGUCACCUGGCUGUUCAACGCCGAGCCCGUCACUCCAUCGAGUCACGUUCAGGUCUCCGGAGGCUCCCUAGUCAUCACGGGCGUGGAGCCGCGGGACGAGGGCGUGUAUCAGUGCGUGCUGGAUAACGGUGUCGGAUCGGCGCAGUUGGCGGGCCUGCUGAGCGUGCAGUCAGGUCUGCGCUCCAGAGGCGUCACGCCCGACGUGUCGCCGUCGCUCCCGCCCAUGCUGAGUGACGAAGGCCACGAGCGCUUCCUGACCGAUGACGAUGCAGAAGGCGGCGGCGCUGGCGGCGGCUCCGACCGCCUCACGCCGGACGCUCCCAUCAUCAUCAGCCCGCCUCAGACGCACAAACCCGACGUGUACGACCUGGAGUGGAGGGCGGGGCCCGACGGCGGGAGCCCCAUCAACGCGUAUUUUGUCAAAUACCGAAAGGUGGAAGAAAUGGCCACGGUGAUGGAAAACUGGUACACGGUGCGCGUCCCGGGCAGCGAGCGCUCCCUGCGUCUUUCCGAGCUGGAGGCGUCCAGCCUGUACGAGGUGCUGAUGGUGGCUCGCAGCUCGGCGGGUGAGGGCCAGCCGGCCAUGCUCACCUUCCGCACCGGCAAAGAAAAGAGCGCCUCGUCUAACAAGAAUCCCUCCAAGCCUCCCGUCGUCUUGAUGCCGCCCAAAGCUCCAGAGGAUAAAACUCCCAACACCCACUUUGGAGUGGUCAUCCACGACAGAGUACCAGAAGCUCCUGACCGGCCCACCAUCUCCAUGGCGACCGAAAGCUCCGUCUACGUGACCUGGAUCCCCAGAGCUAACGGCGGCUCGCCCAUCACGGCGUUCCGCGUGGAAUACAAGCGGGGUCGCAGCGCCGAGUGGGGCGUGGCGGCCGAUAACAUCUCGCCGCUCAAGUUGUCGGUGGAGGUUCGCAACCUGGAGCCCGGCUCCAGCUACAGGUUCCGGGUGGCAGCCAUGAACUUGUAUGGCGAGAGUCCACACAGCAUCCCAUCCAGGCCCUACCAGGUGCCCCAAGCCAGCCCUCGCAUGGCGGACCGCCCCGUGGUGGGACCGCACAUCUCCGCCACCGACGCCAUCAGCGACACCCAGAUCAUGCUGCGCUGGACCUACAGUCCCUCCAGUAACAACAACACCCCCAUCCAGGGCUUCUACAUCUACUACCGCCCCACCGACAGCGACAACGACAGCGACUACAAGCGGGACGUGGUCGAAGGUGUGAAGGACCGCCACAUGAUCGGACACCUCCAGCCGGAGACGUCGUACGACAUCAAGAUGCAGUGCUUCAACGCCGGCGGCGAGAGCGAAUACAGCAACGUCAUGAUCUGUGAGACCAGAGCUCGCCAGUCUCCGGGCGCCCCCAGCCAACGGCCCGUCACCCCGCCCUGGCCCCACCCCCAGGAGCCGCCCGCCCCGCCCGGAGGAUUGCUGUAUCUGAUCGUGGGCUGCGUGCUGGGCGUGAUGGUGAUCAUCCUGCUGGCCUUCAUCGCCAUGUGUCUGUGGAGGAACCGCCAACACAACAACAUGCACAAAUACGACCCUCCAGGUUACCUCUACCAGCCGGCGGACGUGAACGGGCACGUUCUGGAGUACACCGCCUUGCCCGGCACCGGCCGCAUCAACGGCGGCGUCCACGGGGGCUACGGGCACGGUGGCGCCAUGUUGCCUCAAGGCUGCCACCACCACCACCACAAGCACCCCAACGGCCUGGCACUGCUCAACGGCAACGGGGGACUCUUCCCGCACGGCCACGACGGCACCCUGCCUCACGGCGGGAGGGGGGACUGCGAGCACCCCCACCCGCACCCGCACCACCACCACAACGGAGGCGGCAUGUAUACGGCUCUCCCCCAGUCCGAAUCUUCUGACUGCAUGAGCUGUCAGAACCUCUGCAACAACAACAGGUGUUACAACAAGACCAAUGGCGCCCUCUCUGGCGGCGCCCUCAUGCAUCGAGUGGCGCCUUGCCACCAGCAGGACGGCCUGGAGAUGGUCCCUUUGGGGCAGACGUCGUCGCCCUGCCCCCGCCGCCCUGCCGACGAGCCGGAGGGAGACGCCGCGCGGCCGCCCGACGAGCACAGAGAGUCUUCGCCUUCGCCGCAUUCAGGCUGUCUGGUCGAAGACGACACAGGAUGUCCAGCGGACGACACAGCCGAGGAGGAUCUGGACUGCGUGGACCAGGACGGGCCGGUGCUGUGCUGGGACAGCCUGGGCCUGCCGGACUUGGACUGCGACGAAAAGCCGGGUUGGAUCUCCGCUGGCGGCCUGACUGGGGAGCUGAUCCGGGAGGUCUGAGGGCGGGGCCAGAUGCGAUGACGCGCCCCUCCUUCAGACAAAUGGAGGCGGGGGGGUGACUGUGGCGAUGUCACAUGUGGGACCUGAGAGGGGACAGUCGGGGACGCUGGCCAUGGACGUGUCGGGGAAAGAGACUGACAGCACAUCCCCCCCCCCAAAAAAAGACUCGUUAGGCGACUUAUUUAUUUUUUUCUAGUAGUGGAAUCUCAUUUCAUAUGAAUGUAUCUGUUGUAAGAACUUUUAUAUUAUUUAUGCUUUUUGGGCCUGUUUUCCUUUUAGCGAUUGUAAAGUUUUGUAAUAAUAUAAAGAGAAGAUAUGGAAGCGUAAACACGCUUUUUCCUUUGGAUAGAAAACUCUCAUGUAUGUUUACAGUAGUGUGUAGGUGUGUGUGUACAUGCGUGUGUGUGUGUGUGUGUGUGUGUGUGUGUGUGUACAUGCGU